AUGUAUCGGCGAUACGCUCUCGGCUUCUCCAACGUGAGCCGUCAACUUUCCACCAUGAGCUCAUCAUCCGCAACUCCUCUGGAAGACGCGAUCCGUGCCAAGCUGACUGCGGCUCUCAGCCCAAUCACGCUGGAGAUUUACAAUGACUCGCACCUCCACUCUCACCACAAGGCCAUGGCGGGCGUCACUUCCAAGGAAACGCACUUUCGUCUUGUCAUCAUCUCCGACAUGUUCGCCACCAAGAUGCAGCCUGCAAGGCAUCGAAUGAUCUACGCUCUGCUGCGGGAUGAAAUGGCCAUAGAAGGAGGCAUCCACGCUCUCCAGCUGAGGACCCUGACCCCCGACGAGGAAAAGCGUCAGCAGAAGAAGAAGGCCGCCGAGGCAGCAGCCAAGGAGGCAGCCAAGGAGGAGCGCUCAGCUACUAGCGAAAAGGCUGAGUCCCAAGACUGA